UCCAAAGUAAAUCAAAAUGAUCAUUCCCGUUCGAUGCUUCUCGUGCGGUAAGGUUAUCGGUAACCUCUGGGACAGUUACCUCGAGUUGCUCGCUGCUGGCGUUGACGAGGGUGAGGCUAUGGACAAGCUUCAGCUGAAACGAUAUUGUUGUCGACGAAUGGUCCUCACUCAUGUCGACCUCAUUGAGAAGCUGUUGAUGUACAACCCUCUCGCAAGAGAAAGAUAGUCAUCUUCCCUCCCUUACUUCCGGUUUCUAGGCUGUAUUACAUGUAUAUCAUUGGAAACGA